AUGUUUCGAAACUCAGUGCAAUAUAUAAGGGCAAGUCAAAAAUGUGGUCGUAUAUUUUGCUUAUCUGCUCUCACUAGGCAUUUAGAUACCAAAGCCUUCAGUGGUUAUGUAGUUACUUCCAACAAACUUAGAUGUGCUAAAAUUAAGCCUUUGUAUUUGUGUAAUUGUCGCACAAUGUUUAUUCAAACACAAGAAACACCAAAUCCAAACAGUUUGAAAUUCCUUCCUGGUACUCAAGUAUUGGAGCCAGGACAAACAAUAGACUUUCCUAAUAUUGGCGCGGCUCAAUGCAGCCCUUUAGCAAAAAUGAUAUUUAGAAUAGAAGGAGUUAAAGCUGUUUUCUUUGGUUCUGAUUUUAUAACUGUAACAAAACAGGAUGAUGAUGUUGAAUGGAAACUAUUGAAGCCAGAUAUAUUUGCGACAAUAAUGGACUUCUUUGCUAGUGGAUUGCCAGUGGUUACUGAUGCUAAACCUUCAGGAGAUACACAAAUAAACGAAGAUGAUGAUGAAAUAGUUCAAAUGAUAAAAGAAUUGUUGGAUACUAGAAUAAGACCAACAGUGCAAGAAGAUGGCGGGGAUGUUCUGUUUGUAGAUUUUAAAGAUGGUAUUCUAAGGCUUAAAAUGCAAGGCUCAUGCUCUUCAUGUCCAAGUUCCAUAGUUACUUUGAAAAAUGGAGUUCAAAAUAUGAUGCAGUUUUAUAUUCCUGAAGUACUUUCUGUGGAACAAAUUGACGAUGAAGGAGAGAAAUUAAGUGAAAAGAUCUUCAAAGAGUUUGAACAGUUAAAACAAAAGGAGAAUAAAACAGAUUAA